ACCGCACGAGGGCCCGCGGCGCUCGCUUGCUCGCUGCUCGGCGCCUGUCGUCGGGAGGGAGCGUGGCCUUUUGAAAAACGCACGGGGGCCCAAGGGGGCCUCGCGUCGUGCCAUCAUAGUAUGGCGCUGCCGGGCGGCGCCCCGGCGCGCGAGUUCCUGGAGUCGCUCGUGCCCGUUCAGCCGAACGACCACGCCUGGCUGCAGCCCGGCGCGACCGCGUACGUGCGAUUCGGCCACCUGGAGGGCGACGACGGCUGGUACGAAUGCACGCUGGGGGAGCAGGAGGGCGGCGCCGACCCGGGUGGAAAUCAACCGCCACGCCAUCGAGCACGGCGACACCGUCGAUGGCCUGGAAACUCCACACCCUCGAACGGACGCGGCUGCCGAGACGACGUCGCGUCGAUAGCGUGGGGUGCCCGACAUUUGAUUUCCACGCAGGCGCCUGGCGCGUGACCUGGAAGAACGGGGACACGGAGCCCGACAGGCUGCCGGCGGCGUGCCUUGCGCGCGCGCCGCCCGCGGAGAAGCCGCGAGACGGCGCGUUGCACCGCUGGGUCGAGGUGUACUGGGCCGGCGACGCCAAGUGGUUCCUCGGCCGCGUCGUCGGGAAGCGCGAGGGCGAGCUCAAGAUCGCCGACACCGGUGCACAAAUCAAAUUGUCGCGGCGCGGCGCCGCCACCGCGGAAGCGUGGCCUCCACGCCAUCGACGCGACAUCAGCACGACGGCGUGGCGGUGUGGUCUCUCGCCGCUCGACUCGCGGCCGCGCGCGCCCGACUCACCGGUCGAUUUUUCGCCGCAGGCCUACACCGAUGGGGAAACGCACUCUCACGUGAUGCAGGACGAGCCGUUCGCCGGCGCCGGCGCGCCGCCCGAGAUCGACGACUGCGCUCCCGAGCCGUGGCGCUUCGCCGAGGCGCCGCCGCGGCCCAAGAAACGCCGCAAGACCGCGAGGGCGACGAAGCCCUGCGGCCCGCCCGAGGACCAGCGCCUCUGCAAGCUCGUUUACCAGUUCCUGUACCACCGCGCGACGACGCGGCGCCUCAUGUACCCGUCGGAAACCGUCGUGAGCGCCGACGGCAAGGCGCUCCCGGCCGCUACGCUGCCGGAGGCGGGCAAAGGCGGCUUCGACCACGGCCCGCUGAUUCAGAGCCUGGGCAAGAUGGGCAACGUCGGCCGGGGCCUCGACUCGGGCACGGUCACGAUGGGCGACUUCGUCCGCGCGAAGCUCGAGCACGCGGGGCUCCAGCAGGGCAGCGACGCCUGGGUCGGCCAAGCCGUAUUAAUGUGCGUCCACGGCGCCUAGCUGUGUGGAAAUCAAACAGUGAGUUAGUUAUCCUCGCGUCGAUGGCGUGCAAUCUACACGCCAUCGAGCAGAUGCAGUUACGGGGACGACGUCGCGUCGAUGGCGUGGGGCAUCCAAAAUUUGAUUUCCACACAGAGAUGGACAACUGGCUCCCCAACGUGAACAAGGCCUGGACGGCGACGACGCCGGAGGGCGGGUUCCGCGCACCGUCGACACUCGGCGGGCUCGGCGGCGCGAACUUCCCCUCGUCGCGCGAGGAGAUCUGGAGCUUCGUGGCCUUCGCGGAAACGCUCUGGGACCUCGGCAAGCCGAAGUUCGCCGGCUCGUUCCAGAACCAGGGCAAGCGCCUGCUGACGUACCUGCCGUUGCGCCUGUACGAGAUCGACGACGUCGUCGCGGCGUUGAGGGCGGCCCGGACCUGGGCGGACGCGUGUGACGCUCUGUUGAUCUUAUCCGGCGUCGGUGAUUACGUGGGAGGACAGGCCUUGUGCACGUUCUUCUUCGGGGUCUGCAAGGGCGACGUCUCGAGAUUUGCGCCGAACCUCGACGCCACGACGAUGAAGUCGUUUUGCCUGUGCGGGCCGGGUCCGGAGGGCGUCGUACAAAAGAUGUGGGGGGGCGUGCAGCUCGGCAAGAGCGAGGCGGUAAAACGCCUCGCGUGGUUGGCCGAGAACGCCGAGGCGCGGUUCCAGGCGCUGGGGCUGCGCUUCCCCUUCCAGCAGGACGCCGACGGCAAGCGCAAGCGCCUCACCGCGGUCGACCUGGAACAUGCGCUGUGCUACUUCUCGCGCUACCUCUCCGCGCACGAUUCCCUGAAGGCCGCCGGCGCGCGGAUUGUCCACGACAAGCUCGCGGGCCCCAUCACCCGCGGCGAGUGCCCGCGGCCGUCGAUCAAGUGGUUCGCGAAGCUGAAAGAGAAAACGGCCGCCAAGCGCUGCGACAAGUGGCUCAAGGGGGGCGUCCGGGAGGCCUUCACGUCGUAG